AGCAUAACCAUAAACCAAAAUAAAGAAAACGGUAUACGGUAUACCUGUUUAAUUCUCUCACACUCACUAAGGGGGGAGAACUUAGUUAACACGCCAACAUCUCUCUAAAAUCCCAUUUCUCUUCUGCAGAAAUUACCAAAAAUGGCGGCUUCAAUUUCUCUCUCCUCAUUAUCCAUUUCCUCCAAUGCUUCCGUUCGUUGUUUCCCGCCCAAAUUAACCCCCAACUUCUCGAAUUUUCGAUUCCCGCCAAUUAUUGGAAACCCUAGAAUCAAUGUUUCUGUUUGUAGAUCAUCAUCUGCUGCUGCUGCUGCUUAUCCGACUGUUGUUUUCCGAAAUCUUAAUGCCGAUGAUUUCAGGCAUCCUCUUGAUCAACAAAACACAGUAAUUUUGAGAGCAAUUCCUGGAUUAGAUGAAAUCGGCAAGGCUUUAUUAGGGUCCAUUGCGGAGCAGGUUAUGUUUCUUGAGAACAUUGGUACUUCACUGCUUGUUUCCAAAAACCAGCUUCCUGAACUACACCAGUUGAUGAUUGAGGCUGCUGAAAUAUUGAAUGUUGAGGCUCCUGAUUUGUACGUUCGCCAGAGCCCUACGCCAAAUGCAUAUACUUUAGCCAUCAAUGGUAAAAGACCAUUUGUUGUUGUCCACACAAGUCUUAUUGAGCUUUUGUCUCGAAAAGAGUUGCAGGCUGUCAUGGCUCAUGAGUUGGGUCAUCUGAAAUGUGACCAUGGAUUGUGGCUGACAUAUGCAAAUAUCCUUGCUCUUGGGGCGUAUACAAUACCUGGACUUGGGGGAUUUAUUGCUAGUAGCAUAGAGGACCAGUUAACCCGUUGGCUCCGAGCAGCAGAGCUAACUUGUGACCGUGCAGCCCUUCUUGUUGCUCAAGAUCCCAAGAUUGUCAUGUCUGUCCUGAUGAAACUAUCUGGGGGCUGCCCAUCCUUGGCGGAUCAACUAAAUGUGGAUGCAUUCUUGGAGCAAGCUCGUUCUUAUGAUAAAGCUUCUUCAAGUCCAAUGGGGUGGUAUAUUAGGAAUGCUCAAACGAGGCAACUGUCACACCCUCUUCCAGUGCUACGUGCUCGUGAGAUUGAUGAGUGGUCAAGGAGCCGGGAAUACAACUAUCUUUUGAAGCGUGGAAUGCCAAUGAACACCCUGCAUAAGGCUUAGGUUUCUGAGCAGGUAAGCCAAUUGGAGAGCUUCCUGCUGGAAGAUUCAUAUAGGAGCAUAGCUGCUUCAUUGGUUCAGUCAGAUAUUUGAGAUAUACUACAAGAUUGGGAUGUACUUGCUGGUGCUGCACAUAAAAAUCGCAAGUAAGCAACUUAAUUUUACGCUGUAAACUGUAGAGAUGAAAAUUGAUGUGGCAUCUCGACUCUCUGCAAUAUUGACAAAUCCACGGUGCAAUGGACAAAUUUUGUAAGAUAGACAGAUAGUCUUAUUAUACUGUAUAUUCAGACAAUUAAUAUAUAUCAGCUUGGAUUGCUGUAUUCAAAUAUUGUCCAUGUAAUUAUGUACUAUAACAGUAUUUCUAACUGGAUUGAAGGUCUGAAAAAUAAGACUUCAUUGUACA